AUGGGCAACGAUGAUACUCUAAAGUUAACUUUGGGAGAGCGUAUGCUUAGUGCAGUUACAGGCUCUCUAUUGACAUCACUCACCCUUACUCCUAUGGAUGUUGUUAGGGUUAGAUUACAACAACAGGGUAUGCUUCCUGAUUGUACCUGUGAGGUCCCAAUACCUGCAAAAGAUAGUGCGACUAUGAAUAUUUCUAGGUCUACCGAUCUUCAUGCAGUGAAGAGUUCUAAAUUGAAAAUCCCAAGUUUUGAAUUCCCUCAGAAUAAUAAAAUAUUUUGGGAAAACCCAUGUUUCCAGGAAUUAAAUUGUGUAAGUUCGUCGCUGAGGUUUACAGGGACGAUAGAUGCCUUCAGAAAGAUAACAAAUAUUGAAGGUAUCACUACUCUUUGGAGAGGGAUUUCUCUGAAUUUAUUAAUGGCUGUUCCCUCGAAUAUUGUAUACUUCACUGGUUAUGAACAUAUUAGAGAUAUUUCGCCACUAUCCAAGAAUCAUGAAAAUUUAAAUCCUUUGGUAUGUGGUGCGUUAGCAAGAAUAUUGGCAGCCACAAGUGUAGCGCCAUUAGAACUUACCAAGACUAAGCUUCAAAGUAUACCUAGAGCAUCUAAGUCAACUAGAAGUUGGACAAUGGUAAAAGAUCUAAUGGAAGAAACUCGACAAGAUGUUCAAAAGAAUGGUCCGCUGAGGGCGCUUUUCAAAGGUUUGAAUAUAACCUUAUGGAGAGAUGUUCCAUUUAGUGCCAUAUAUUGGGGAACAUACGAGUUUUGUAAGAAAAACUUAUGGAUAAAAAAUGAUAUGACUAAUGAUAAUAGUACAGUUAUACACUUCAUAAAUAGUUUUGUUAGCGGAUCGGUUAGUGGUACCAUUGCUGCCAUUUUAACGCAUCCCUUCGAUGUGGGUAAAACACGAUGGCAAAUAUCUAUGAUAACCGACAAUGUACAAUCUCAAAGACCUCAACAUCAAAGAAAUAUGUUCAAGUUUCUUGGAACGAUCAUUGAAAACGAAGGAACGGCUGCAUUAUUUACUGGCUUAACGGCAAGAGUUGUUAAAAUUGCCCCAAGUUGCGCCAUUAUGAUUUCAAGUUACGAGAUAUCUAAGAAACUUUUUGGAUCUGAGUGA